GUAGGCACCCAGGUGGGUGCUGUUGCCAAGUCUCAGCUCGAAAUGAUCGCAGUGACAGUCCAAGAGAGUUCACCUCGCGUUAGGAAGAAGCUGGGCUGCGAUUCACCGAAUUUAAGCAGCCGAGUACCGAACUCACUGGCCAUCUCAACCAAGCCGCCGAAGAGCGCAUCCCAGAGCCCUCAGAGUACUCCGGGAUCUCCGGUGUCAACCAAACACUUCGGCCUGAACAGCAAGGGUAAACACAUCGCCCUAAAACCUCCCAGGAUUACUCAGGGCAACGCAAUCAGAUCCGUACCUACCAUGAAGAAACCCUUCCAAAAGGCCCGUGUCUUGACUCCCAUCGGACCCCCUGAUGUCGUAACCACCAAAAUCCGAAAAUUCGGCGAGUUGUCCAAUGCCGUACCCAAAAAUACAACACAAGACACUGGCCCGCCCAAGCCCAGGCCCAGACCCAGACCACCCGUUCCCAGCAAGAAGAAAAAACCCGAAGUGGUGCGACUGUACACGUUGGCAUCGGGCGCCAAAUCGGCCGAGAACAUCAACUAUAGCGUACACGCAGACAGUAGCAAUCCAUCCCCAGCGUACUCUAAACAGUGCAGCAGCACAGACAAACCGUCCAGGAAAGCGAACACGCGCGCCGAUUCCGUAUUGAACACAAAGGUGAGUGUAGGUGUUACCGGGGCGGCGAGUGCCCCGACUCUGAGCCAACAGGCCAGCGGGAAUACCAGUGGAUAUAUCCACAAGAGCACUGUCACGCAGAGAAGUACUGGUGCAAGCACUGGAGGACAGGGCAGGAGCAGGUUCAGGCCAAAGGACUGGAAUGGGACUCUGAGACGGACCAAGAAUGCGGAGAAGACGAAGAACCCGGACCAGGAAAAGAGGACUAGGACGGGUGCAGGACAUGCAGAUGCGGUACAAGGGGCCGAUACCACCGGCGACAGUGUGCGAGCACGCAAGCACGGCCCACACGACACACGACCAAGAGCAUACCGUGUAGAAGACUUUGAUAUGACAGAGACGCUAGCACGUAAGGUGGUUGUGAAGGACGGCAACAGAUACGCGUUCCAUCGCUGGCACGAGCAUUCGGUGACUGUCGCUUCUCCGUUGCUACGCUUCCACAAGGCCAAGGAUACCAGAAGGAAGCAUCAGUUUGAUGUCAACAUCAGCGGAUACGAUGUUCUACCACCCGGAGAGUACACCAAGAAACCCUACACUAUCCUGCUGAGCUCAGGUAUGCCCGUAGAGCCGUUCUUGUUCUGUGAGUCGCCAACGACGUGUGUGUGGGUGUCGAGUCACUUGCAUUAA